CGCUCAGCUGUCAUGACGUUAUUAUGUUAGCCUGAUGUAUGAUGGAGGAAGUUGUUGAUUCAGUUUGUUCCCGGUUCCUCUUGAGCACGUGACAUACAGCCUUUGAAGUUUAAAAGCCUGUGACUCGACUUACCCCAACAGUGAUGCUGUCAGUCAUGAUCGUGAAGCUCCUGAUUUUCACACUCUUUGUGACAAAGGAUGUACACCACAUCUACGCUGAAAUGAAACUGGCUGCACCUCAGAAUGUGAAGGUGGUCUCCAUCAACAUGGGUGCAGUUGUCGAGUGGACGUCUCAAGACAAUUCCAUCAGGAACAUGACGUACACUGUAAGAUAUGUUCCUUGCGAUUGGGGAAAUGUCUCUUCCGUCUGUGUCAAAACCACAGAGCUGAAAUGUGAUGCAGGAGUUUUGCCAUUUGCAUUUGGGUGCUACAUUUUUCAAGUGCGGGCAGAGAAAAAUGGGAUGUUCUCUGAAUGGGCUAAAGCACCCAAAUUUAUACCUUAUCAGCACACUAUCAUAGGACCCCCUGCUGUGCAUCUCGUCAUCCAGAAUAAUAGUCUGGAUGUGACUGUUCGAGCACCGGUGCUGAAAAUUGGCAAACUUUCCACAUUUUUUUCACAAGUGUCCUACACCAUCAAACACCAGAUCGAAGGCAUUGAAGAUGAGUCAAUAAAGAAGAUUUCUACAUCCAGUGAUGAAGAUGUGAAAUUGAGUAUUAAAGGAUUACAUCCGUGGAGCAGAUAUUGUGUUCAAGCGAAGGUGGAUCCCAAAGGCCUUAAAGAAGGGGAACAGUACAGCACUCCUGUAUGUGUGACUAAUGUACCAGUUCUGGUUAGCUGUGGAAUCGCCGCUGUUGUUCUUGUUCCUCUGGCCCUUCUGGCCGCCUGGCUGAUCUAUAAAGUCUACAGAUUCCUCUACCCUAAAACCAAACUACCGGAACAUCUGAAGAAUCUGUUUGUGCCGUCAUUUUGGAGUGCCGAAGCGACCCAACAUCCUCCACACCAGAAAGAACAGCAUGAUAAAAUCAGCACCGUAUCCGAAGACCAGCAGAAUGAGGAGCUCUGUGAGAAAAUCCAGAUCUCCGAGGACGAGCAGUCUGUUUCAUCAUGCGUCCUCGCACCAAUAGAAGAGAUGGAGGAGGACUAUAAACUCCUGAUGCACAUGAAACCCGCACCACUCUUUUACCCCAACCAGCUCUAUCCAUUGUGCUUGAAGAAUUCACUCUUCACUCUUUCUAACCAGUCAUGUUGUGGAGGCUCCAGUAGUACUCAAGCUAGUUAUUAUAAUGUAGCAAACUCUGACCGUGUUUCCUGACAGCAAAAACAACCUUAAAGAGAUAGUUCACCUAAAACUGAAAAAUUACAGUGGUUAAUACUUUAUGGGUUUGAACACAAAAAAGGAUACUUUGAAGAAUUUAUGAAGCUGGAAGUGACUGACAUUCAAUAGGGACGAACUAUGGAAAAAUACUUUGGAAGUCAAUGGUUCCUUGGACAUAUAUUAUGUUUAAUAGAAGAAACUCAAAGGAAAUAGUAACUGGAUUUUCAUCUUUGACUAUUCAAAAGUAGUCCAUUUUAAAACUAUUCCUUUAUAAAUGAUCUGAUUUUGUGAAGCAUGUAUAAAUAUUGUAUAUAAUUGCACUGUAUGAAUUAAAUGUACUGUAUAUAAUUUCUUAAAGAAAAUGUUUGCUUAUGCUAAGUGGACUGAAUGUACUUUAUGAUUUA